AUGGCUCAUCUACAUUCUGCGGACAAUAUACGUAAAGAAUCCGUAUCUUCGUCUUCGACUAAUCGUACAUAUUAUAAUAAAACCUUUGAAGAUACAACCGAUUUAUUUCUAUUCGCUUGUGCACAUGGCGAUUACAUGUGCGUGCAUCGACUUUUAAUUGACGAUGAAGUCGAAGCGGAUGUAUCGAAUAAAAUGGGUAAAAGUGCUCUUCAAUUGGCUAUUGAAAAUGAACAUUUUGAAGUCGUCAAAGUUUUACUCGAUAAAAUUCCUUAUGAAAAAUUUCGCGAUGCACUUCUGUUGGCGAUUUAUUUGGGCCAUACAAAUAUCGCAGAUUUUAUUAUGAAUCAUCCCACCUAUCGAACGUUCAGUGGCGGUUUUCUUGAUCCAACACAUCCACAAGCGUAUGAUGAUUCACAAUUUAGUUCUGACAUAACUCCACUUAUUCUUGCUGCUCAAUAUAAUCGUUUACAAAUUGUUCAUCAAUUAUUAUCGAAAGGUGAACGCAUACAAAAGCCACAUAAAAGUAUGUGCCCAUGUGUUGAUUGUGCUGAUAGUUCGGCGUAUGAUUCAUUUCGGCAAGCUCAAGUUCGUCUAUCGGCCUACAAAGGUCUUUCAUCUGAAGUUUAUAUAGCUCUGACAUAUCCUGAUCCAAUCUUACAGGCAUUUGAAUUGAAUCAUGAAAUACGAACGCUUGCAAAAGUUGAACAUUAUUUUCGUGAAGAUUACGAAAAAUUAUCUCAUCAAUUAUCCAUCUUUGUUACACGAUUACUCGAUAAUGUCCGAGGACAUGAAGAACUUGAAAUUGUUUUAAAUAAAACGGGGCAGCCACACGAAGAAAAAUAUGAAAAUUUAGCUCGAUUCGAUUUAGCUAUCAUCAAUCAAGAAAAAGCAUUUGUUUCACAUUCGAAUUGUCAGCAGAAAUUAAUGGAAAAAUGGUACGAAAAUUUAUCGGCUAUUAAAAAUGCUCAUCUUACAAAGCGUAUCUUAUUUUAUCUGGCUUUUAUUGUCUGCUUACCAUUUUUAUUGUUGGCCUAUUAUUUUUUCCCUCAAACUAAAAUUGGUUCAUUGUGUCAUCAACCAAAUUUAAAAUUAAAAGCAUACAUUGUCUCCUAUCUUACUUUUAUUAGUCUUAUCGUAGCAUCGAGCUAUUUCUCAAUAUCACAUUUGCAAAAAACAAAAUUUCUUUCUAAUUAUAAUUCAACUAUUUACAAAUUUUAUAUUGAAAAUAUCUAUGAAAAUGAUCAACUGCGGUAUGAUUUAAAUAGUUUAAAUCAAAAUUCGCAGGCUAAUAAAAAUGAUAGACUCAUCAGUUGUGACAUUAGCCUUCGUUUCAUGGAACCAAAUCCAUUUCAAAUAGCGAUUUUUAUUUGGGUUAUUGGUUUUGUAUGGCAAGAAAUUAAACAACUGUUUGGUGCGGGUGUGCGAGUUUAUCUAAAAUCACAUAGUAAUUAUGUCGAUUGUCUUAUGAAUAUACUUUAUAUAUUAUAUUUCAUAUGUCUCUAUUCAUCUAUGGUUUUGACUCGUACAUCAAUGAAUAUGUUUCAUUCAUCGGAUUAUUGGAGAAAUAUUGUUCGCUAUGAUAAUAUGAGGGAGGGUGAAAAGGUUGAAUAUCUCGGUAAAACUUAUCAUAUACUCUAUUGGCUUAAUGCUGAUCGAUAUUAUUGGAGUAGUAAUGAUUUACAAAAUUUAGCAGAAGCAUUUUUUGCCAUGGGCAAUGUUGCAAGUAUUUGUCGAAUUUGCUUUCUAUUACCAAUUAUUGGAUUUGUUGGACCAUUACAAGUAAUGCUUGAACGUAUGAUUAUUGAUAUUUCAAAAUGGAUUGUAAUCAUUUUAAUAUUUUUUGUUGCAUUUGCAUGUUCAUUAUUUUUAAUUUUUUCUCCUUUUGCUACUGCUUUAAAACAGCACGAUAUUUUGCAUUCAUCAUCAAAUACUGCUGCAUCUCAAAUAGUUUCACUGAUGAGAUACGAGACUUUAUCAAUGUCAACAAGUGCACGAUGUCUGCCGUAUUAUAAAUUAAUCAAUCAAUCAUUUCCCAAUGUGACAGCUCUCGAUGCACCUGAUGUAGCUAAUCUAGAUGAGAAUAAUUCCUGUAAACAAUCGAAACAAUACGACAAAAUCGAAAACGUUGGACCUCAUCCGGCUAUCCAUUAUUUUGGUGAAAAAUUUGGAUCGACAAUAUUGACAACAUUUUUUACUUUAUUUGGUGAUAUGGCUGAAGAUGAUAUACCAGAUCGCGGCUAUGAACUUAUUUCAUUGACAUGUAAUAAACCUGAUCCGAAAAGUUAUGCGCCGGGCUUUGAUAUAUUUUCAUCGAAUCUUGGCUUUAUUAUUUUCGGUCUUUUUACUUUUAUUUGUGUUACAGUACUUAUUAAUACGUUAAUCGCUAUGAUGGGCAAAACAAUUGAUAUAAUUGAUAAUAGAGCGGAUGUGGAAUGGAAAUUUGCCCGUUCAAGGCUUUAUAUGGAAUAUGUGCGAGAUGGAAAUAGUUUACCCGUUCCAAUGAAUAUCUGCCCAACGCCCAAAUCUUUUAUUCACCUAUUCAAACGAAUAAAAAAUCUGAUCCUUUCUAAAAAUUCAUCCGACGAUGAUGAUGAACGAGCAAAUGAAACUGGUGAUGAUCGAUUGGAUGGGCUUAAUAUUCGACGUCGUAACCAUGAUGAUGAUAAUGAUAAUGAUAUAAAUAUAAAAGGUACACAACAUGAUAGAUUCAAACAUGAAAAAAUCUUUGAUCGUCAACGUAGUUAUGCUAUACACGAAAAAUUAACAUAUAAAAUAGUGAUUGAACGUAUUAUUAGACGAUUUUUAAUCCAUUAUAAAAAUAAACAUACCGGUGCCAAUGAAAACAAUGAUGGUCUUGAAUUUAAAGAAUUUAAAAAUGAUGUAUCAUCAUUACGUUUCGAAUUAUUAAAUGAAGUUGAUAUGCUAGAUGACAUGCGACUAUUGAUUGGAGAACCAAUGAACAAAUUCAAUGAUAUUUUAGAAAUGAACUUCGAUAUGGAUAAAAUCAAAGAAUAUCUACAUGAUCAAAAAUUAAUUUAG